AUGGCGAGCAAGAAUAAGCGGCAACGGGAGGAAGAGGCGGCGGUGUGGGUGCAGCGGCAGCCCAUCGCGCAGCAAAACCAUGUCAUCAAGCACAAGCAGCGGGACAAGGGACUGGAGGUUGUGUUCGACCCGAAGGCACACAGGGACUACCUCACUGGCUUCCACAAGCGCAAGGUGCAGCGGCGCAAAGAUGCGCUGAAGAAGCUGGAGCACCGGCAGCGGGAGCAGCGCCUGGAGGAGCGGGCGGAGCGGCGGCAGGCGAUGAAGGCUGAGCUGGCGCGGCUGGGGGUGGACCCUCGCGGGUCGGAUUCUGAGGGGGAAGAAGGCGAGGGCGCGGUACCGGAGCGGCAGCAGGUGUACCGCAGCGAGCAGCUGACCACCACCGUCACGGUGGUCCCGCUCAGGGCAGGCAGCGAUGAUGAGAUGCAGGUGGUGGAGGAGGACGGCGGUGGCAGCGGCGGGGAGGAGGAGCAGGGGGGCGGCAGAGGCCUCGGCGGCGGCGGCGGGGGUGCCCCCGCGCCGCACCGGCAGCGCCAGGCGCAGCCGUGGCCGCGCCGGCACGGCACGCAGCAGGGCCAGGGGCAGGGGCAGGGGGAAGAGGAGGGCGGCGAGGAGCAGCAGAAGGGGCGCAAGCUCAGCAAGACGGCGCUGCGCAUCAUGACUAAAACCAAGCUGAAGAUUGAGGGGAAGAGGCGCGGAGGCAAGCCCGGCGGCGGCAAGCCCUCCGGCGGCAAGGCCUCCGGCGGCAAGGCCGGCGGCAGCAAGCACGGCGGCGGCGGCGGCAAGCGAGGCGGCAGCAAGCACGGCGGCGGCGGCCGGGGUGGCGGCAGGCGAUAG